GUCUAUCCGAACUAAAAACAUGCGACCGCAAAAAAAUCAAAAAGACGCGACGUGCAGCUGACGCUUUUUCUUUGAGCUGAAUGAGUCGCCAGUUUGCCAGGUUCAUCGCAUUGAACCGCGUGGCACGGGCGACGUCUCACUGGCCUCAAUGGCAGUCACGACUCACCAGUUGGGAGGAGUGGGUGGGACGAUUUGUCUCGACGCCGUUCGGGUCAAUCCCCGCUUUGAAUGGGAAAGUCUGGUCUGGUGGUGGGCUGUGUGGCACAGCGGCACCGGCACGAAAGGGCGGCGUAGGCGUGGGCGUGGGCGUCCCCGGGCAUACCUAGGUACCUAAUGGGAAGUUUGGGGCGUCGAAAGCGAAUUUCCCACCCAAUGACAGUCUUGCCGCAGCGUAGUGGCCCCUCCCCUCCCCUGGGGAAAGAAGACCGGCGACUUGAGCUGACAGUCCAGUCCCAGCCGUGGUGUAGACUGAGGGGUCCCUUGGGUGGCCAAAGGAGGGCCAAGACUUUGGGAUGCAGAAUUCGGGGCCUGGAACCUUGUCGUGCCUGUCACGCUUGUCCACCGGAAAGCCAAAAUAACCACCACCACCACCACCACCACCACCACCACCCAAAAGCCAAGGGCAAUUAUCCCUGGUGCGUCUGACUGCCUACCCAGGUGCCCAGGAACGCAUACGGCCGUCGGCAACACACCACCAUUCCUUUCUGUCUUUCCCAUCCCCUCACGACUCUCGUUUUUUUUUUCUCCUUGUUACCUUGCUGGGCUGUUGUUGUUUUCGUCUUUGCUGCUGUUGGAGCAUUUGUCUACGCCUUGGUCUCCCGCAUCAAUCCUACCAUCGAGACCAUUCACCAGGCAUCUCAUAUCGAAAAUCGUCGACCUACCUAUUCUUCCCCGACGACCACACCACAGCAUCAUUCCCUCAAGAUGUCGAUGCCGGGCGCCUUCUCUCCCGAUCUGUCACCCUACGAACCAGACUCCAAGAAGGACAAUGUUUCCUCUGCCGCCGCCGCCAACCCACCGCCUCUCCGUCUCAACCAACCCUCCGACGCCUUCUCCCUCCACACAAACGAUCCCUACUACGACGACAUCGCCACAGCCUCGUCUUCCAAUGCCGGCGACUUGCCCCCGUCCUACACCGAUGAGCCCUCAUCGCUCGACCCCAAACACAACAUAACCACCACCGUGACCCCGCUCCUGGCAGACGAGUCCGGCCACUCCCCGCUCCUCUUCCGCAGGGACCCCGAAACCGGUGCCGAAAUCCACUGCUCACGCCGCCUCGAUACCGACCCGGCCUUCCUCGAAUCCCACAUCACAUCUCUCGCCCAGUCGCCACCGAGGCCCUACCUGAGCGUCCGCGGCACCCACACCGAGAGCAUCCGCAAGCGCGACGACAAGACGGAGAGCAAGACCGUCGUCGACUUUGACGUCCGCGUCGAGCUCACCCCCUACCUCUACCGCGACAUCGCCACCCGCCGCUCCUGGCGCGAGCUCCGCACCGCAGACAACUUUUCAAAGGUCCGCCGCGGUACCGUCUUCCCCACACGUGCCCCAGGCUUCGGCGGCAGGUCUUCGGGUGCUCGAGGCGGCGCCGCCGGCGAGGAGGUGAGCAAGGAGCCGCCCACGCUGCGGGAGUGGUGCCACCGCUACUGCGCCUCGCACGCGGGCCUCAAGACCUUUUCACUCCUGCGCACCGUACCAGGGUUCGACGACGACGAGCGCCUCAAGGCCCGUCUCGAGGACCUCGUCCGCGCCACCAACUAUCGCGGCCGCAUCGACGUCUCCUUCCCCGUCCACGACAGCACGGUCGAGAUUUACAACACGUGCCGCGUGAACCGCUGGCGUCAGACCACCUGGAUCCGCUGGCUUUUCUAUCUGACCUUCCUCUGGAUCUUUGCGUGGCCCUAUCUCUUCUUCCGCACCAAGCGCUUCGAGGUCGUCGAGGCCGAGUGGGCGUUUUCCAGGCGCCGCAGAGAUCCCCAGACGGGUGCGGCGCGCGGAAGAGAGUACGUCAGCCUGUCCGAGGCGGACCUGUACAACAUGUGGGCGCGGGCCAUCUCCAAGGCCGUGCUGGAGAGGAGGCAGGGCGAGCUGGACCAGCGCGACCUGCGAGAUGCCGAGGGGAGACAGGACACGAGCUUCGAAGACGUCCUCGCGGGGAUCGAUCAGGAGACGACGAGAGGGCUCGUGAGGGCUGGCGUGAGUGCCAUGAAUGUUGUCAACCGGCACUUUGGAUGGGGAGAGGAUCGCUGAUCUUUGGUCUUGGUCGAGCACAGCAUGCUUUUUGAUUACCUCUUUCCUUGGCUGUUUCGUUCACUGGGUAUUGGUUUCGUUUGCUCGGAUGGGUCGCUUUGCUCGUUUUCCUGUUGUUUUCCAUUUGCUCAAGGCUGGAGGUGUGGGUGUUUUGCUUUCUUGUUUUUUUCUUUUCCUGCAUUGCCUCGUAAUGAUUCCCAGACUGUGACGCAUCAUGAUUCUUUCUUUGCCCUUUUGGUUCGGGAAUACCACUGUUUUGGCAUAGGUAGCGAGGGUUCAGAGUACUUGCGAAAAGCACAGCAUGAUAUAUAUAUAUAUACAUACGUAGUACCCAAUCAAGAAUUGCUAUUACAUCGGAGUUUUAAUAGCAGUGCAUAGAGUGACGUGUUGACUGUAUCCGUGAAAAGGAAUAGCCAUGGAGAUAUGUGCAGAAGCAAAAGAGAAAA